AUGGGCGGAGGCGGGGUGCAGUCGCAGCAGGCGGAGGCGGCAGAGGAGCAGUACGUGAAGGCCAAGGUUUCGGUGUGGUGGGACAUCGAGAACUGUCAGGUGCCGCAGAAUUGCGAUCCACACGCGAUUGCGCAGAAUAUAAGCUCAGCUCUUGUUAAGAUAAACUACUGCGGGUCUCUUUCUAUUUCAGCGUAUGGUGAUACCACCAAUAUAUCCCCCGCCGUUCAGCAGGCGCUUAAUAGUACCGGCAUCGCCCUCAAUCACGUCCCUGCAGGUGUAAAAGAUGCUAGUGACAAGAAGAUUUUGGUGGAUAUGUUAUUUUGGGCAGUUGACAAUCCUGCACCUGCUAAUUAUUUGUUAAUUUCUGGAGACCGAGAUUUCUCAAAUGCUCUCCACCAGUUACGCAUGCGUCGAUAUAACAUUCUUCUGGCACAACCUCAAAAAGCGUCCGCACCGCUUCUUGCUGCUGCAAAGAGUGUAUGGCUCUGGACAAGUCUAUCAGCUGGAGGGCCACCACUUACGAAUGAUGAUUCUGCACAGACUCUAAAUAAUGGUUACGGUCAUUUAUCUGGCUCUCACUCAUUACAAGUUCCAGUUAUUAAUUCUGUUCAUGCAAACCAGCCCGAUGAUUCUUCUCAUGGUAGUCCCCAAUUGGGAAAUCAAAAAUUCUCGAAUAUGGGAAGAGGGAAUGACGUAAAACAUAAAGGAAAGCAGAUUAGUAAAAACACAAGUCGACCUAAUACAUCAAGAACUUCAAGUGCAAUAGGAAUUGAAGAAGAUUAUAACAAGGCCAACUUCCGUCAACCGACCUAUAGGCACCCGAUGCAGUUCAAUGAUUCCCAGGAUUUUUCUGGUACUUAUAAUCCGAAAGUUCCUGAAAAUGGACCAGGAUCCACUCCUAAUUUUACAUCUGGUAAUCCUGAUUUUUCGAGUCACAGCAGUCACCCCCCUGGUUCUUAUCAACACCGCUAUCCUCAUCCACCAAUUAGUUUCCCAUCAACUAAUCAGCACGUACCGCCUCAUUUAGCGCCCCACAGACCUGAUGCAGCCAGCUUUACAUCAGGUCCUCCAAAAUAUGCACCCGAUAUUGGUAAUUUUAACAUUUCUGAAUACCCCAGAAAUGAUCGCAAUCCUCCUCCUUCGCAACCAUGGCAUGGAGGAGAGAGAAGACCAACUUCUAUUGAGUCUGCCAACCGCGUAAACUCAAACAGUCCCCACAAAGGAUAUAAUGCUCAAAAGAAACCUCCAUUUUAUCAAGAGGCGCAGAUCAACGGGUACCCACGUGGCAGUCAAGAAAUUCCGCCACCAUCUUUUGGGAUGGAAACUACUAUUAUGUCUAGUAAUGGUCUAUGGGGGACACCAGACUAUAUUCAAGGCCUUAUUGGGGUCAUUCUGUUUGCUCUGAACACCCUUAAGAAUGAGAAGAUUGUACCCACAGAGGAAAACAUUGCUGAUUGCAUUAGAUAUGGAGAUCCACGACAUCGUAAUACUGAUGUUAAGAAGGCUCUAAUGAGUGCCGUUGAGCAGCAGAUGGUAGUACAGCAGAAGUUGAGAUCUUUGCAGUUGUAUAUUAAAAAAAAUGAUAAACUAUGGCAAUGCGUGAACGCAAUGGAUGGCAACACAAUGCAGUACCCAAAGGUGACAUGGGACAAAAUUCAGAAAUUUCUGUCAUCUGCUGCUGGACGAUCUGCAAUACUGAGUACUCAGUGCAGGUACGAGGCAGCUACAGUAAUGAAAAAGAUGUGCUUAAAAGAGCUUGCUUUGGGUGAAGUUCUACAGAUUUUGCACAUGGUAAUAAAGAUGAAAAGGUGGAUUAUAUAUAAUUAUCAGUCAGGAUGGCAACCAAUUAAGAUAAAAGUUUCUCACGAGUCAACGGAUCUACGGCUACACUACGCGCGAUUGUAUGCAGCGGCGGCGGGUGCACCACUGGGAACGACAUCAGCAUCGGCGUCGCAUUCGACGCCACUGGGAACGAUGGACUCCGCACAGUGCCGCUACUACAGCGGCUUCAUCACUUAG